AUGUUUGUUCGGAGACUGUACAGUAACGUCAAUGUAGUUCCCUCCUAUUGGCGACUCGUACGCUCCUUCAGCUCCCGCCAUGCGCUAUUUGAGAAACCUCUCCCGCCUCGAGUUGUCAUCGUGGAGUCGGACAUCACAGAGGCAUUCCUCAAAGGCAGCGGUCCUGGAGGGCAGAAGAUCAACAAAACUUCAUCAGCUGUACAAUUGAAGCAUUUGCCAACAGGGAUCGUGGUCAAAUGUCAAGAGACUCGAAGUCGGGCGCAAAAUCGAAAGUUGGCACGACGGAUACUGGGAGAUCGGCUAGAAGAGAUGGAGAAGGGACCACAAAGUCGAACAGCCUUGAAGGCGGAGAGGGAUCGAAAGAAGAAAGCGAGUGCGAGCAAGAAGUCGAAGCGGAAGUACCGCGAGUUGGAGACUGGCAAGACGGGUGAACAGGAAUUGGAUACUGCGGCGAAGGAGCACGGCAGUACAGAUGACUUGAUUGAGGGUGAAGGACCUGCGCCGGCCGACGAGACUAAAGCUACCGGCGUGAACUGA